UGGUACGUCGAUGGAACAUUUAAAAUCAUGGCGCCUCCUUUUGUGCAACUGUUUGGACUCCAUGCAUUCGUCAGAUCGGGAGAGACAAUGACCCAAGUACCACUGGCGUUUGAUUUGAUGUCGCGAAGACAAACAAUCGAUUAUUUAGGGGUAUUCAACAGUCUUCUAGAAAAAAUGCAACAACAGCCACAAGUGAGACGUGUCGUGUCUGAUUUUGAAGCGGCUACCUGGGCUGCGAUACGCGCCGUACUACCACAUGUUGAAUUGAAAGGGUGCUUAUUUCACUGGACCCAGGCGGUUUUCAAAAGGAUCAGACAAGAAGGACUGGAAAAAUCGUACCAUGACAAGGGACGCACAUACGUAUUCCUGAAACAAGUUCUGUCUCUGCCUUAUUUGCCAGCUGAGGAUAUUGAGGAGCAGUUCGAGCGACUUUGCGCUGUUCCGUUAAAAAUCCCGCCAAAGGUGGAGAACGUUCUUGCAUACAUGAAAAGAACAUGGUUCAGAAGUAGCGUAUGGAAGGUGGAGAAUUGGUCCAUUUUUGGAUUGUCAAUUCGAACUAACAACAACACAGAAGGCUGGCAUCGGAGAAUCAACGCAAGGGCUACCAGAGAUGGAAUCCAGUUUUACUUGUUGGUUCCUCUCCUUCUACGCGAAGCGAAGUUAGUCAAAAUGACGAUGGAGCGAGUUAGCGACGGACGGCUUGGACGUCUACAGAGAUCCAAGCAGAGGACGAGGCAGGGGGAAGUUUUCCAAAUAUGGACACAAUACCAUGAUGGUGAAAUUUCUGCCAAACACCUUCUUCGAGCUAUUGGACAUUUGUUGUAGCAUAGGCUGAAACGCAAUGUCAUAUGUUAUGACUGAUAAUUUAAAUUAAAUUGAAAUGAAAAGACAUGGUUUUUUGCUUUGUUUGUUUGUUUAUUCAAAAUGUUAUUAUUAAUAUUGUUACCUUGCUAUUAUAUGAAGUUUACCUAUUGAAGUGGGUCGGUGGUCUCAGAAAAGUUAUUACUUUUCUUAAUGCCAAAUUACAACGAAAAACAAAUUGAUCUGAUCUGGUCUGAUCUGCCUACGAAAAGAAGAUGC